GUCGAGCUCUCAUGAAUUCUCCCAGUAGCCUUCGCGCUUCCUCUUCCUGUAAGCGGCCAGAGGUGACCCGUGAAGAUGGUUCGCUACUCCCUCGACCCGGAAAACCCCACAAAAUCAUGCAAAUCAAGAGGUUCAAACCUCCGUGUUCACUUUAAGAACACCCGGGAAACUGCCCAGGCCAUCAAGGGCAUGCAUAUCCGCAAAGCCACCAAGUAUCUGAAGGAUGUCACUUUGAAGAAGCAAUGUGUGCCAUUCCGGCGGUAUAAUGGUGGAGUCGGUAGGUGUGCCCAGGCCAAACAGUGGGGCUGGACACAGGGACGGUGGCCAAAAAAGAGUGCUGAGUUUUUGCUGCACAUGCUUAAAAAUGCAGAGAGUAAUGCUGAACUUAAGGGUUUAGACGUAGAUUCUCUAGUCAUUGAACACAUCCAGGUGAACAAGGCACCUAAGAUGCGCCGACGAACCUACAGAGCUCAUGGCCGGAUCAACCCAUACAUGAGCUCCCCCUGCCACAUUGAGAUGAUCCUCACUGAGAAGGAGCAAAUUGUUCCAAAGCCAGAAGAGGAGGUGGCACAGAAGAAAAAGAUAUCCCAGAAGAAACUGAAGAAACAAAAACUCAUGGCACGGGAAUAAAUUCAGCAUAAAAUAAAUGCAGAUAAACUAAAGGUCUUGUGGUGGUCUUUAUACACAGAUUGUCUUAGAUUAUCUGUUCAUGAGCCCUGUUGGGAGACAUGUGCUUUAACAUUCAGAAGAACUUUUUAUUAUUAAGCAGUGAAAUAGAUUACUCCCAACGAUAUGACCAUGUAAAUAAAUGUCUAGCUUUAUUGAAUUAGCUAA